GGUCCUGCACGGCAGCGACCGAGAGAGCAGAGGACGGGGCAGCAGGCGGGCGGACAGCGCCAUGUUGGUGACCUUUCACCCCUCGGUUCGCCUGUGCCUCAGCGAAAGGAACCCGGAGGGAAACCACCUCGGCGGGGAUUAGAGAAGCGGACUCGAGAGCCAAGCUGGCCUGUCGCUGGCACCUCUGUGGAGUCCUAUCCCAUGCUCCGCAGAGAGACAGGACCUGGGUUACCGGCACCAGCAGUUAAAAAUCAGCUUACUCUCUGACCUUCAGCAACCCGCCCCCCACCCCGCGGACCUUUUUCUCUCCGGGUGGUGUUUCCAGGCGGAUCGCGCACGGACGAACCCGGCGCAGGCAAAGUUAGCAGGCGCUUUGAAAGCGAAGCUGAGCUACCAUGGACGGCCAGCGCCUUGCGGUACCCCGACUCCAGGGCGUUUCACGGGAGCACUUUCUGGAGCACCUCUACCCACAGAGAAAACCUCUUGUGUUGGAAGGAAUAGACUUGGGGCCAUGCACAAGCAAAUGGACAGUGGAUUACUUAUGCCAAGUCGGAGGGACUAAGGAAGUAAAGAUCCAUGUGGCUUCAGUUGCACAGAUGGACUUCAUUAGUAAGAACUUUGUAUAUAGAACUUUACCUUUUGACAAGUUGGUCCAGAGGGCAGCUGAAGAAAAGCAUAAAGAAUUCUUUAUUUCAGAGGAUGAGAAAUACUACUUACGAUCGCUUGGAGAAGACCCUAGAAAGGAUGUUGCAGAUAUCAGAAAGCAGUUUCCAUUAUUGGAAGGGGAUAUUAAGUUUCCAAAUUUCUUCAAAGAAGAACAAUUCUUCUCCAGUGUUUUUCGAAUUAGUUCACCAGGAUUACAACUUUGGACUCACUAUGAUGUAAUGGAUAACUUCUUAAUACAAGUAACAGGAAAAAAGCGUGUUACAUUGUUCAGUCCUCGAGAUGCCCAGUAUUUAUAUUUAUCAGGUUCUAAAUCUGAAGUAUUGAAUAUAGACAGCCCAGACUUGGUUAAAUACCCACUCUUUUCCAAGGCAAGAAGGUAUGAAUGUUCCCUUGAAGCUGGUGAUACACUAUUCAUUCCUGCUUUAUGGUUCCAUAAUGUAAUUUCUGAAGAGUUUGGAGUGGGAGUGAAUAUCUUUUGGAAGCACCUUCCAUCUGAAUGCUACGAUAAAACAGAUACCUACGGCAACAAAGACCCUUUAGCAGCAUCGAGAGCUGUACAAAUCUUGGACAGAGCCUUAAAAACACUGGGUGAAUUACCAGAGGAAUACAGGGACUUCUAUGCACGGCAAAUGGUCUUACACAUUCAAGACAAAGCGUACAGCAAGAACUUUGAGUAAAAAAAAUGAAUUAAAUGAAAUAAAAAGUUUAAUAAUUCAGCUCAAGUGCUAGAAAAGCAUAGCAAGAUAUCAAUUAAAAUGUAGGAUGAUGUGUUUUAUAUUAAUAAAAAGGUCAAUCAGUCUCACAUUUAUAGUAUAGAGAGGUACUGCCAUAUCAAUUUUGUAUAUGUUGCUACUUGGCAUAUAUUAUUCAAAGAUUACUGUGCUGAGGGCUGGAGAGGUGGCUUGGUGGUUAUGGCAUUUGCCUGCAAAGUCAAAGGAUCCUGGUUCGACUCCCCAGGACCCACAUAAGCCAGAUGCACAAGGGGGCGCAUGCAU